GCACCUCAUUUUAGUCGUCGUCUCGUAAAGUACGUUACUCUGCCAAUUUUCACACACACCUACAUCUAUAUCUAUUUACCAGAUUAAUUAAUCAAAAAUCUAUAUAUUCCCCCUUUAGUCAAACAAACUUUCAAAUAUCCCAAAAAAAACACAAAUUAGGGUUUCAAAUUCCUCCCCCCAAAAAAAUGGAUUUCAAUUUCCUAAUUUCAUCUCUCCCAAUCUUCUUCUUCAUAUUCCUGACAAUCUAUUUAACCGCACACCUGCUUGUUUUCCGGACCUGGAAUUCAAAGCUCCGGCCCGAAGCGGCGAGUUGUUUGAUCUCAUUUGCACACGGAACACCUGCAGUCAUUUUAGCUUCUUUAGCGAUAAAUCCGGAGACCGAUUUCGCCACUCGAAACACCGGUUUCCAGAAUUCGGUACUCGAUUACAGCAUUGCUUACUUUUUAAUGGAUCUUUGUCAUUAUUUGAUAUAUAACCCUAGUGAUAUAUUGUUUAUAGGCCAUCAUUUAGCUACCCUUUUCGUGUUUGUUACGUGUCGGUAUUUAGUCGUACAUGGGGCUUAUGGGGUUUUGGUUUUGCUUAUACUUGCUGAAGUUACUAGCUUUUUGCAAAAUGUGUGGACGUUAGCUAGCGCGUUGAGAGUCGAAUCUAAAGUUGCAGCUAAGGUGUUUGAUGUAAUGUCGCCCCCAUUUUAUGUGCUUUAUUCGAUCGUUAGAGGGGUUUUAGGGCCGGUGUUUGUUUACCGGAUGGUUGGGUUUUAUUUAAGUGGUGGUGCUGAUGAUGUUAUUCCUAGGUGGAUUUGGGUUUCUUGGAUUUGCGUUGUGGUUGCUGCGAUUUCGGUUAGUAUUCUUUGGAUUUGUAAUCGGUGGAUCGAGUUGUAUAGAGGAAGGUUAACUGUAAUUGAAAAAGAGAAGAAAUUUAGUUAGAGAAAUUUAAAGUUAGUGAAAUACUUGGAUUACAUCUAGUUCAUUGUAUGAAUACAGUAUUUCAAAGUAAAUCAGAUGUACUUUUGUUAGCUUUUUUUCGAAAUAGUGCAAUAAAAUGUUAUCUAUGAUGCUUUGAA